CAUUCUGCAGUUAGUGCAAGCGUUCUGCGAGUCGAACAGAAACUGCUUCCAAUCGUAAUAGAUAAUUUUGCGGAUCUCAUUGAUUUCGAAGAAAGAAUUUUUUCAGUUUUAUUUUCAUUUGUAACCAGUGCAUCAUGACUCUUUACCAGCCAUGUGAUCAUGUAUGGUUCGAGGAGAAUAGAGAACAUAUCUACACAUCGAUUGUUUCAUCUACUACAAUCACACGAGGAUCUUCAAACUCUUCUACACCAUGUCGGCACAAACGAUUCACGAGUAUUCAUGGGUUUUUAGCAUUAAUACUGUGUCCUGCUCUAGUUGUGUUCGCUGUCACAGCUCUCAACCUUUUAGAAGAUGCCAGUCUGCUAUCCGAUAUACAAAAGGUCAUUCGUUUCGUUCAUGAGGAAGAACAGAUCCAUUUGUUCAUCUCUAAUCUCCAAGAGGAAAGGUAUACUUCAUUCAUCUAUAUCAACAAAGAUAUUGCGAUUCUAACAGAACAGGACGGUAGCAGGCUUGCGGAGGUAUAUUCUCACACAGAUGGCUCAAUAAGACAGUUAUCGACAAAUGCCCAUCCAAAUAUCGAUGAUGUAAAAAACAAGAAUAAUGUGUUGAAUAAUAUCACAGCGUUGCGCCUUGAUAUACACAUGCAUCGGAUGAAUUUUUUGAACAAUUGCCUGAAUAGUACUGGUUCCAAUCACGAUUGCAGAUUUUACACUGAUCUCAUUCAUAAUCUAACUGUAGAACUUAAUUCAAAGAGUUCGUUAAGUUAUAGUCACUUUCCAUGGAAAAUACAAAGCAGAAUUUUAAAGAUACAGGUGCGCAUCGAAUUAUGUAGUCGAGAAACCCAUGCAGCAACGAUGUUGGGUAAAGAUCAUACACAGUCGUUCCUUGAAACAGUAUCACCUCAAUCCAAGGCUAUCUCAUAUAAUCCGGAACUUCAUUUACUUCGUCUAAGCAUGCUCAAUCAGAUCAUGUCCAAACAAAAUAAAUCACAUAACAAAUCAACUUUGACAGUUAAGCAGCGGACAUUGAUUGAUGAACUGAAACAAUAUUCACAAUCAUUGCGAAAGGAACAAGAACAGUGUUAUAUGGAACUCAGAGCGACUCUCAAGAGAGAUGAAACAUAUCGGACAUUGACAAUUGGUGUUACUGGAGUAAUCUUAUGCAUAACAACAUUGCUUAUUAUCGCCCAAGUGAUGACUUUAAGGAAUUCGUUACGUACUGCGAAGAUACUAAAAACAGCGGCUGUUGUCACUCUUAGAGAGAUCGCAAGUACCCGUGAAAAAGUAUUUUCGGUUAUGAACCACGUUCUUCCAAAAGAAGUCAGGGAAGAAUUCAACUCAACCAUAGAACAGAAAGGGAGACAUGACGCCAAUAUGACAGUUUUAACAGUUGAACUUCCAAACUUCUCUGAAAUUUUGAAACAGAACUCAUGCCACCAAGUUAUAGAUCUAAUGGGAUCCAUAUUUACCCUACUUGACGAAAGGGUCAGUUUGUUUGAUGCUUAUAGGAUAGAAAGUCCGCGGAACACAUAUGCUGUGACAUCCUCUCUUCAAGGUCAAACAGAUCAUAGAAAUGCUCAGGAAAUUGCAGAUCUCUCUCUGGAUUUCAUGGUGGUAACAUCAGAUCUUGAGGUCCCACAUUCAGGAAAAGUCAAUCUAAAGCUUGUUAUACAUACAGGUUGGGGAAUAACUGCCAUAACUGGGAAGGAACAUCUCAGGUACUCUGUCUUUGGUGAAGUGUUACAGACAGCGAAACUGAUGUUGAAGAAAGCAACGCCCAAUAGGAUAACGAUGACCGAAAAGACGUGUCAGCUCUUAAAAAAAUGUGGGGGCUACAGAAUUAAACUAAGAGGACAUAUUAAACUGGAGAAUGGAAAUCGGCUGAGCACAAUGUAUCUUCUCGGUCGUGACAUGAUUCUUUCAGGAAGCGACUUUGACAUUGAGCCAUCAUCUAUGGACAUAUCAUCAAUUUCAAGUCGGAUUUCGACCGUCAAUUCAAAAUCAGGUGAUUUGAGAAACAGCAAAACUAGUAAAACACAUAGUUUCAUCGAUCAGGUUAAAGAAAUUAAAACUAAGAUAUCAUGGCCUUUAAAUAGGUCAUUGCGAAAUUCAUCAGAAUCAAUGCUAGCUCUUCAAGAUAUUCAAGACUUUGAAACUGAGCAACUUGGAUUGACAAGAAAAAAUUCAAUCUCAAAAAGAAGAAACACUCAACUUAGAAAAAUGUCAAAAGCUUUCAAAGACGGCAAAACAUC